CUCAAGUUGUAUUGUUGGAUACUUUCAUGCUUUUGUGUGAUAUAUUGUGAUACGUUAAUUUAUCUUCUAUUUAUCUAAUUUAUUUAUUUUUUGUAUUAUCUGACAUUGUCCUCUUUGACUGCCAUGUUGCUGAUUCCGAAGAAGAAGAAGCUUGAGAGAUAAAUUAUUAGGUAUAUCCUUAAAGAUGCGCGUCACAGCCUGUCGGGCAUUAAGCAGGAUGCUUUGGGGGAGGUAUUUAUUAACAACUGGACUCCAGUGCUGCAGAUGGAGGGUGAGCUGUCAUGUAAAGAGGCAUUACAGCUUCCUUCCAGAUGAUGUCAAAUCGCUGAAGGCUGUGGUCAAUCCUGAUAUAUCCAAAAUCCGAAACAUCGGCAUCAUGGCCCAUAUCGAUGCAGGAAAGACAACAACCACAGAAAGGAUGCUUUAUUACUCUGGCUAUACGAGAGCACUGGGAGAUGUGGACGAUGGGGAUACAGUCACAGACUUCAUGGCUCAGGAGAGGGAGCGUGGCAUCACCAUUCAGUCGGCAGCCGUCACGUUUGAUUGGAAAACUCAUAGAAUAAACCUCAUAGACACCCCAGGACACGUCGACUUCACUCUGGAGGUCGAGCGGUCGCUCCGCGUUCUGGACGGGGCCGUCGCGGUGUUUGACGCUUCCGCCGGGGUCGAGGCUCAGACCGUGACCGUGUGGAGACAAGCAGAGAAGCACCACGUCCCCUGUGUUUGCUUCCUGAAUAAGAUGGACAAGCCUGCAGCCAACCUAAGUUUUUCCAUUGAGAGCAUAAAACAGAAGUUAAAAGCCAAUCCAGUCCUCCUGCAGAUUCCCGUCGGCAGUGGCAAACGCUUCUCGGGCGUGGUCGACUUGUUAACCAAUCAGAAGCUGACGUGGAACCAGACAUCCACGAGAGACGACGGGCAGACGUUUGAAAGCAAAGCUCUCGACCAAUCGGACGAGCCGGAGCUCCUGCGGGAGGUUGGCGAGGCCAGAGCCGCUUUGAUCGAACAGGUCGCUGAUCUGGACGAUGAGUUUGCCGAACUGUUGCUGACCGAUUUCGGUGACGACUUCGACGCCGUUUCCUCCGUCAAACUGCAGGAGGCUGUGCGGCGGGUGACUCUGGCCCGUAAAGGCGUCCCGGUGCUCUGCGGCAGCUCUCUGAGGAACAAAGGGGUUCAGCCUCUUUUAGACGCCAUCACCGCCUACCUGCCCGCCCCCAACGAACGGCACCACGACCUCGUGCGGUGGUACGAGGGCGACCUCUGUGCUCUGGCCUUCAAGGUUCUCCAUGACAAGCAGCGAGGUCCUCUGGUAUUCCUCCGGAUUUACUCCGGCACUCUGAAACCACAAACCGCGGUGUACAACAUCAACAGGAACAGCGUUGAGAGGAUGAGCCGGCUGCUGGUGCCGUUUGCUGACCAGCACGUAGAAAUCCAGUCCAUGACGGCAGGAAACAUCGCACUGACGGUUGGACUGAAGCAGACGGUGACGGGGGACACUAUCGUUUCAUCGAAAGCUUCGGCGGCGGCCGCAGCUCGCCGAGCCCGAGAUGGCGGCGGGGCGGUGGCGGAAUACGCCAGCGUCGUCCUUUCGGGGGUGGAGGUCCCCGAACCCGUCUUCUUCUGCACCAUUGAACCCCCCACCAUGGCCAAACAGGCCGAUCUGGAGAAUGCGCUGCAGUGCCUCCAGAGAGAAGACCCCAGUCUCAAAGUGAGGGUGGACCCGGACUCCGGCCAGACUAUUCUGUGCGGGAUGGGCGAGCUGCACAUCGAGAUCGUCCACGAUCGGAUCAGAAGAGAGUACGGCAUCGAGACUCACCUGGGGCCGCUGCAGGUGGCCUACAGGGAGUCCAUCCUCCUCAGCGCGGCGGCGACCGAUACCCUGGACCGCACCGUGGGGGAGAGGCGGCACGUGGCGACCGUGGAGCUGAGGGUGGCGCCGCUCGACGGCGCCGCCGCAGGCGCCUCGUGUGAAUUAGCUUUUGCGGAGAACCUGGAGACGCAGCUGUCGCCAGACAUGAAGCGAGCCGUGGAGAACGGAGUCCACAGCUCCUAUCAUCAAGGUCCAUUGCUAGGUUACCCUUUACAGGGCGUAGCUACGCUGAUCCAAAGUGUCCACAUGGAACCGGGAACCUCUGCCGCCAUGGUGUCGGCGUGCGUGUCCCGCUGCAUGCUGAAGGCCCUGAGGCUGGCAAGAGGUCAGGUCCUGGAGCCGGUGAUGUCCCUGGAGGUGACGGUGGGGGAGGAGCUUCUCGGCUCCGUGUUGGGCGACUUGGCCCAGAGACGAGGGACCGUCCGGGACAUCCAGAGUCGCCACGACGACAAGGUGCUGCUCGCCACCGUGCCCCUGGCUGAGAUGAGGGACUAUUCCACCAUCCUGCGAACACUGACGUCCGGCAAUGCCACCUUCUCUCUGGAGCUGGACACCUAUGAGGUCAUGAACCAGCAGGACCAGAGCACGCUGCUCAGAAGGAUGUCCGGUCUGCUGUGAGCCCCGGGUCUCAUGAGUGAAACGCAUCAGUGAUGGAACAAACGGCCAUAGUAAAAUGAUGUUUGUAGUAAAUUCACUCUACGAACAUCUUUUUACUGGUACUUAUGUUCAUAUUUACUCCAGGAAAGAGCUCACAACUAAUUGUGUACACUGUUCUUAGUUCGAUGAUGCGCAGUAUUAUACUGGGGACGAGGUUACGGAGAUGACCCGCAGGUGUACGCCUAGAAAAAACAUGUACAUGUACCUUUUGAGUUGAAUUACUAUUAUCUGACUAUUAGUGCCAUUUAUGAGCGUAAGUUAAAUACUGUGUCAGUUCAUGGGACGAUGAUCAGAA